CUUGGCUUGAUGAACAAAUUAAAAUGAUCCAACUAAUUAAAUUAAAAUAAUUAAAUGAAUCUGUUGUCAUAUUCCAGAGAGGACUUCAGAAGAGAAAUUGCUGUAAUAGAAUACAAGAGCAUUUUGGAUAGAGGAUCUCAGUGGAUCUAUUUUAGAUCUGGUCAUCUUUUCUAAAGACUAGAACAAAGCAGAGCUUCAGCGAUUUUUAUCUUGCUUUGCGUGCAGAACUUCUCCUUUGGUUUUGGACUUGCCACACCUGAGCAAAUCUAAACUUUCAUCAGAAGGGGCAAGUUCCAGCCUGUCCCACUCACACUGAUCUAGAAUCAGCUCCAGGUGCCCAUAUUAGGAUUAAAAUGAUGCUAUGAUGUCUACAAAACUGGUCUCAGGUCAUAAUAAGAUAACAUAACAUCAGGCUAUCCGCUGCUAUUUUAGCCACACCUAACAGUAUGACUGUACUGAGCAAGAACUAACAGUCACCUGUAUUACUUAUAGAAGCAAUGCAAAGUAAUAUCCCACUCUUGCUGACACUAGUCUUUGGUUUCAUUCUAUUGUUUAAAGCACAGUGAAAAAAAACUGCUUGCAAAUGAGGUAACAGUGACCUUUAACCUUUCACAGAGUCAUUUCAAUAGCCCUGCCAACCACCAUUCACUUCAACAAGAUAAACUGCUUCCCAUGGCAAGCCUUCACUUUGACAUUUGGAGCAUGGGGGCGCGGAACUGUCCCUGAAACAUCGGGGAAGGCGAAGUGACACAGCAGUUCCCACGAUGCACUUUUAAUUCAGCGGUCUCUUCUGUGAGGAUUUGUCUAAUAUAAGUGCAGUCAUCAUGACAUCGGUUUGGAAGAGACUUCAGCGCGCUGGCAAAAGAGCGACGAAGUUCCAGUUUGCCGCGUCCUUUCAAGAACUCACCGUUGAGUGCACUAAGAAGUGGCAGCCAGACAAACUUCGAGUGGUUUGGACCAGACGAAACAGACGCAUCUGCAGCAAGCUUCAUGGCUGGCAACCAGGUAUCAAGAACCCAUACAGGGGGACUGUGGUUUGGCAGGUUGCUGAGAGUGUGGAUAUCACUGUCACUCUUUUUAAGGAUCCAAAUGCAGAUGAAUUUGAGGACAAAGACUGGACUUUCAUCAUAGAGAAUGAAACAAAGGGCCACCGAAAGGUUUUAGCAUCAGUGGAUGUGAACAUGAAGAAGUACGCAAGCGUGACCCCGGCUCAGUUUGACCUGACGCUUACACUAAAGCCUCUGUCUGUGAAAGUGUUGGAUGCCACACUUAAACUCACACUGUCCUGUGUCUUCCUGAAGGAGGGCAAAGCUACUGAUGAAGACAUGCAAAGUCUGGCGAGUCUGAUGAGUUUGAAGCAGUCCGACAUUGGAAACCUGGAUGACUUCAAUGACAGCGAUGAAGAGGAGGACAGAAGAAUGAAUGCGGCAGUGAAAAUGGCCACAGCUGUAAUAGAUCCUCUUCCUCCUGCUAGGAGAAUACAUGACAAAGCCUGGAGACCUGCUGUAGACACAGGUCCCUCUGACACAGCUCAUUCUGAACCGGAGCGGAUGAGCUGUUCUUUCAUUACACCUAACGUUCCUCUCCAGGACCGCCCCCUGUCAUACACCACUCUUGACCCGUCUGCCCCGCCCCUCUUCCCUUCCUGUAUCCAACUCCCCCGUGCUGCUGGCAGCGUCCCGCAGGCACGCCCCUCCCCAUAUGCCUUCACUAUACCUGCAUUUGUACGUGCUCAUCCACCUGCCCUGCCCAAAAUCUUCCAGCCGCCGACCGGCUCAGUUGCUGUAUCUGUCACUAAAAGGCCGUCUGGAGGUCUUGCUAGGUCUGAGUUAAUGGAGAGCAGUCGCUCUGCUGAGGGCAGUGCAGCUCCUCCCCAAAGGCCUCUCUCUUUUCUUCCUGGGACUAGCACACCAUUCUCUCUUUCCUCUGCUCAAUCCUCCUCAUCCCCUCAACAGACUCCUCUGCCUGACAUAACCCAGAAAGCCACCCAUUCGGUUGCUCGUAGCAAGACCCGGAGACCUCAGAGUUUUCCCUCUUCACACUCCUCCCUUUCUGAUUUACACCCCUCCUCCUUUGAGUUUGGCUCUUCUCAUCAGGGCACAAUGACUUUACCUGCACCACGGCCCUCAAAAAUGUAUCGCGCGUCAUUGGCUGAGCCAGGCUCUGCCCUUACAAAGCCUACAAGCAUGCCCUCUGCCACUGAGACAGCAUCUUGGCAAAAAGAGUGGAGGCCUCCUAAGCUGCACCCUACUCUGUGUCCUGCUCCCCUUACCUCUCCAGAACACAUUAACAGAGAGUGUCAUCCAGGCUCAGUGAUCUCCUCUCCUCCUGCACAAACCUCUCCCCUAACGUAUGUCCCCCUUCCUGCAAUGUCUUCAUCCUGUGUGCUUCCUCAACCAAUGGACUCUUCUACCAUUAGUCUCAAUCCUGCUGUAACAUCUCCCAGUGUGGCUCCUUCCUCUGAGAUGCCCAGCGUUGAGUCAGUCUCUAUGUCUUGCUCUCAAACCCUGUCAGCUGCCAUCCUCUCUCCUGCUCCAGCAUCACUGGUUUCUCCCUCCAUUGCUCCUGCUGCUAUGUCUAGUUCUCAGUCCACCCCGUAUCCAUUUGUCUCUACUCUCUUGUCAUCUCCUCAUCUCACUCUUUCUGAUGCUCCUCUAAGUUCCACUCCCGAUGUUGGUCGUAUGGUCACUGCACCUGUUGUUGCCGAAUCAGAGCCUCUCCCAGAGGUCCAGACGUACGAAUGGAGGCAUCAGGUUGUGCCCACAGUGGUUAGGCCUAAUGUGCGCAGACCAGUAGCCCCGCUUCCUGUUAAUGCCCCUACAUCUCCUUUCAUUCUCCCCCCACCCUCACGAUCCACGAUCCCUGUCCCCUACAUUUAUGCCCAAACAUCCACUGUAGCCCCUGCCAUUGCCUCCAUUUCAGUCCCUUCCCCUGACACACUCACAGAGCAACACAGACAGUUAAGUGUAUUAGCAGAGGAGGAAUGUCCCAAUACAGUGUCUUCUACUGAUGAGGAUGCAGAUGCUAAGCCCACAGAUCUUCAUCAAAACCAUGAACCUCAACCUCGCAGAGCCGGAGUGAUCAGUAUAGCCAAACAAAAACCAAACAACAGUAUGGACAAGCAACGGCCUGUUUUUGGACUUGAGGUUGUGCGGCCUGCAAAAGGACCAGAGAGUAUGACCUCUCUGCUGCCCGGUGACCAAAAGUCACUUUCUAUGACUGAUGUCACAUAUUUUGAGCUGCCAAAGUCCGAGCUGUCUGAUACAAAUAAAAUACACCCCAGCGCAGCCCUUGAAAAUGUUGCAGAACCUGCUGCGGUGCCUACAUUCACCAGCCCAUUAACUGAGGUCCAGAUCAGUCAGUCAAAGAAUUCACAGAGCUCUGCUGAGCUGGCUGUUUUACACUCAGCUGCACAUGAGCAGACAGAAGAUGAGACGAUUCUUCAUAAAGACAAGACAGAGCCCUUUCAAAGUAGCUCUCAACUAGCAGAAAUAGAAGCACAAGAGGCCAGCCCAGAAUCUGUGCCACAGCUGCUCACAAAUACAGAAAUGUCCCAGUCAGAUCGUACUAAAGAAGGCACCAAAAGCAUGGCUGCUUUACUGCCCUCUUGCCCAAAAGAGUCCCAUUCUCCUUGGUCACCAUCCAUAUUAGCUGAAGACAUAGCUGAGAAUCAAAUAGGAGACUUAUUUGUAGACCGACCACCUUGGGUGAAACAAGAAGGAGAAGAGCCUAAUUUUGACAGUUCUCCAUAUGUUCCCAGUAUGAUAUGUCUUCUCCCAGCCUGUCCGAGAACUGCUUUUACACCUGGGAUGCCAUCUAUAACCUUUCAAGACACUAAGUGGCCUUGGGAUGAGUCUGUGAAGAUACUGAAAGAGAAAAAUCUAAAGGAGAAAUCAGCAAAACAUAUUCAAGAUAUGGAUUGCUCACUGUAUGACCAGAGUACUGUGGAAAAUAUGAUAUCCCUACAUUUAACUUGUCCAAGAGCUGCCAGCAUCCCAGGAUUCCCAUCUUUGCCGUUCUGUAUGGGCGAUCUUCUUCCAUUAUGUCCAGAUGUCUCUGUAGUUCCAGGUUUAUCUUCAAGAUAUCCAGUCAUUUGCACAGAUGAAACCUGGCCUAAAGAUAAUUUAGUAUUUUAUUUGAGGAAAAACAAGGAACCAAUUUUGCCAAUGUCUUCAGUGAAGGUGGAUUCUGAAACUGCAAGAAAGAUGGUUGCAUUGAGAUCCUCUUGCUCAGCAGCACCCAAGGCUCCAGGAUUUCCAUCAGCUCCAAAACCAGUUGCACCAAGUAUGGUCAGGAUUUUACCAUGUUGUCCAACGAUUUCCUGCAUUGCUGGAUUUGCAUCUGCAAAAGAACUUGCCAGUCAGAAUGUCUUCCAACAGUGGCCACCCAACAAUCAAUCAUCUCUGAUAAUAGCACAAAGGAACCAGCCCAGUUUGCCUCUAGUUCAAAGCAUACUGAAAGAGGACCAGCCAACAGAGAUGGUGAACUUAGUACCAUCUUGCCCAAGAAAAGCAAGGACUCCUGGUUUUCCAUCUGCACCAAAAAGAAAACAGGACAUUGCAUUCUGUAUGACAAAACUCAUGCCUCUAUGUCCAACAACAUCUUGUGUCACUGGAAUAUCAGCUAUACACAUUCUUCCAAACACUUCAGAUUCAUUUAAGGAGUGGCCAAAGGACAUUCAACCAUUUUGGAUGAAGACGUUAGCAUCUCAGCCGUGUCAUUUAAUCCGUCCAUGUCCUCGGUAUGAAGUUACAGAGAGCAAUAUGCUGUCAUUGAUACCAUCAUGCCCAAGAAAAACAAGAACACCUGGAUUUCCUUCUGCACCUUGGCUCAUCCCUGAAACACAAAUAAUGUCUGGCACUUUAUCAGCAUGUCCACAGAUGGCUAAAACACCAGGCUUUCCCUCUUUAGUUCAAAGCAAAGUUGAUAAGACUUUGGUAUAUAAUUGGCUUUUUAAGGAGAAAGCUCUUUGUAUGAGGAGUCUGCCAGUGUGCACAUUUGACAACCUAGACAUUGCUUAUCCGGACAACGAGAGUUUUAAAGGAAUGUAUGCUAUUUUGCCAAGUUGUCCAGUGAAAGCAAGUGUCCCAGGCUUUCCAUCUGCACCAAAGCCCAAAUUAAUGGUUUAUCUUUUCCAUUGCUUCCCAACAGUCUCAAAUUUAUCUGGGAUGCUAUCAAACAUAUUAUCUGAGGUAGAAUUACAAUGGCCUGUAAAUGAAAGGCCAUUAUGGGUAAAACAAUUAAGCAGAAAGGUUCAGUCCAUACAAGCUGUUCCUCCUCAGUACAGAGAAAUAAAUGAUAAAGCCUUCAUUAAGCUUAUGGUAGCUUUGCGCCCAACUUGUGCAAUCAGUGCUAAAUUGCCUGGCUUCCCAUCUGCUCCGAGAAAAAUAACUGAGAAGAAAGCACCAGAUAUGGUGUCUCUCGUGCCAUCUUGUCCACAUUUUUCAAAGGUAUUAGGUAUGGCGUCUGUUGACUUGGGAAAUGAAGCAAUAGAUUCAAGUGCAUGGUCUCUGGAUGGAAAGCAACUGUACAAGAGGUCCUCAAAAAACGAGUCCGAUAUAAUGUGUUCUACGUUGAAUCAAACAUAUGAUGAUCAUCUGAAUAUCCACAUAGAAGACAUGGCUAUGAUUACGCCCUCCUGUGCAAAGCAAUCCAAUAUCCCUGGUUUUCCAUCCACAUAUUCAGAAUCUCCACAUAUGUUUUUUCAUGCAAAUAAUACCCCAGAGUUACCAGAAGAUGUUGGCCAUAAAGAAACAAAAUCAACUCUGCUUAGUCCAGCAGAUAAUGAGAUAGACCUGUCUAGUGCAAACAAUUCUGAUAAUAGUUCGACAUUAGAGAAGGCCAAGGAGAAUGUGAACUUUUGGGCAAGAUGUGAGGAAGGACAAAAGGGAAUUCUGGAGAGGGGGAAAAUGCAUUGCAGAAUGUGGCACUCCAUACCAGACAUGCCACUAUUACUGACUGUUGAGGAGAGAUGUCAAAGUAUAAGUGCUCAGAUUCCACCUUCUGAAAACUACAGGGAAACUCUGGUUAAAAAUGAUGACAUGGAUCAAGGUGUAUUAUGGACAUCCCAAGGCAGACCAGAACAGUUUUCAGAAGGUUUUAAGCAAGAAGAGACUACAAAAGAUUAUAAUAGAAUGGUACCCUCAACAGCUGAAGAUCAGCCUACAGAACCGCAACAAGAGUGUGUCCCAAACAUGGUAGAUCUUCUUCCAUCAUGCCCACUGUUCUCAAGAGUUUUUGGAUCUCCAUCAACAGCGCUAUCUAGCAUAUGUAAAACAGACAUAAUCAACUGGCCUACUGAGUUAAAUAUAAUUUGGGAUGAGCCACAUAAAUCAACAAAAAAUAUUUUAAUGCCACACUUGGAAAAAUCCCGCUUUGAGGAAAAAAUGGUAUCCCUCAUGUGCACAUGUCCAAAUGAAACAAGAAUUCCUGGCUUUCCAUCUGCUAAGAGACUCACAGAGGCCCCAUGUAUAUCUUUUCCAGAAACAUUUGUUGUUGUUGACACAUCUACACAGACCCCAAUUCCAGAGAAAAAGCAUCAUGAGGAGUGCCUGAGCAUGGAAAUAUCAUUAUUGGAAGAACAUCCUAAAGCAAAGCCAAUUUUACACAUCGAAAGUCCAGUUGAGUAUUCAGAGACGACUAUAAUGAUGGUGAAUACAGUUCCAUCUUCAAAACUUGAUUUCAUGUCUGCAACAAAGAGUGAAGAAAUACUUUUUCUAUCAUGUGAAGAAUUAAUUCUUCAAGAGCCUACAAUUGCUGAGUCAGAACUGAGGGAAGAUUCAAAACCUACAAAUGAGAUAUUAACCUUUGUGUCUGAAAGUGCUACACAAAUGCCAGAUUCUAUCCCUGAAACCCAAGCAGAGCCAAAUAUGUUGGAGCUUCUUCCAUCCUGUCCAUUGCUUUCUAGAAUCCCUGGAUGUCCUUCUCUAAGGGUCCGUGAAGGAAUGAAGUGCAUUAGUGAUCAAGCAGUAAUCUAUUGCAAUUCAUUAAAAGAUAGACAGACUGGUAUUUUUGGCCCGGUUAAAGAUGAAAAAGAAUCACAGAUUAUAGCUCUGGCACCAACAUGCCCAAAAGCAUCAUGUAUUCCAGGCUUUCCAUCUAGACCACAUUGUAAAUCACAGAUGGAGCCGAACAUGCAAAACAUUUGUCCCUCUUGCCCAGAGAUUUCGCAUAUAGCUGGUUGUCCGAGCAUCCAGACCCCUAAGAUGUCCAAUUGGCCUUUGAGUGCAGUUAUUUUGCAUUCAAAUCCAUUAAAGGAACCCCCUGUUGUUUUGGACAUGGACAAGAUAUGCAAAGAAAAUGGCCAUAGAAUGUUUGCUUUGGCUCCUACAUGUCCAUCAGUGGUCCAUGUUCCAGGUUUUCCAUCUGUGUCUGAGCCAAUAAUGCUGCACAUGCUUCCCUCUUGCCCAGAGAAGUCUAAUGUUAUAGGAUUUUCUUCUAAAAGGGAGCAUUUAGAUUGGUUUGUUGACAAGAAAACAUUGUACAAUGUAUCUUUUAAAAAGCAACCUGUUGUUCUUAAUGACAGAGUUGAUUGGCUUAGCGAAUUAACUAAAAUAAUGUUUGCAUUGGCUCCAACCUGUCCAUCAAAGGAAAGAAUACCAGGAUUCCCACAUGCACACAAGUGCAAAGCUACACUUCCCCACAGUAUGGUUGAUCUACAUCAGUGCGUUCCAAAGAAGUCAAGAAUCACGGGAUUCUCAUCAAGUGAGGAAAUAAAAGCAGGAACAUGGUUUGAGAAUGAAAGGCCUCUGUUGGAGAGGCCACUGAGAACGAGGUCAGAGAUGCCUGUCCAGUUUAAUUUCGCAACUCCGCAUAAAGAAAUAGACCAACAUAUUUUGCAGAGGAUGUUUGCACUUGUACCCACCUGUCCAAGAGAAGCAUGCAUAGCUGGUUUCCCUUCUCUACCUCAGGUUAAAGUGGAGGGUUUCUAUCUCCAUAAAGAACCAGAUGUUGUAAGCAUUUUGCAUUCUUGCCCGAUGUCUUCUUUCAUUGUAGGUGUUCCUACAGUUAAAUCUGUGCCCAUAGAAAAAUCUCAAGAAAGCAUAUGGUCAACUCAGAAGCCCAUAUGGGUUAAACCUCUUAAAGAAAGACAGUUUUGGUCUUUAAGUUAUACAAAGGAUAAUGAUGAAUAUUCAGAACCCAUGUUCUUGCUUGCCCCAACGUGCCCUAAUAAGGCCAGACAUGAUGGUUUUCCAUGCUCAGAAAAGCUUGAGGGUCCAGUGACAACGGUCUUCCCAACUUCUCCAGAGUCUCCGUUUUCUGCAACCAAUGAAACAGAAUUUAGUCACCUGGUCCCUGAAGUGACAUGUUCCCCGGUUGAAGCAAGGCUUCCUGAUUUCCCAGAUGCUUUUACAUAUGCAAUUUCUCCAUCAAUUCCAACCCAAGAACACACCAAAUUUGAAGCCAAAUUUACCCAAAACAUAGAACCUGAAAAUGAUCAAACACUGGAUAUAACAGGCCCUGAAAAUCCAAAAGAAAUAGGAAGUUCUUAUGAAAUGCUCUUGGCUGGAGGUAAUGAAAACCAUGAGGUGAAGUUUUUUCUGGGAGAGCAACAUGUUGGGGAGCAGUCUGCUAGUAAAACUCAUGAUACUGCAGAGCCUGGAGAGACUGCUAUAGCCUUAGGAUGGGAAGUUUUGGAGGCAGAUGAUACUUCCACUGAAAAAGAAGGAUCUUCUGGUCUUGUUAGGACUAUAGUUGAUGUCUUUCACAGAGGUUAUGAGACAGUUGCUGCAAUACUGCAGCCCUCUAGCUCUGGAUCAGUCACAGACGCAGACACGUCAGAUCCUCUCGACAGUCUUUCAUCCUCUGUGAGUCCCAAGGACAGUCCCACUGGAAGUGAUCAUUCAUUAGAGGAACUCGUACAGGCAGCGGAGUCUGAGGUCUUUGAUUCUGCUGAACCCUACAUGUGGCGUUUGGUUGGUGGUUCAGAAACAUCACUGUCAUCAAAAGAGACUGAAAGCUGGUUCGUUGAAGAUGAGGAAUUUUGCCUAAUGAGGAAGUGGCCCCCUUUAACAGAGGAGGAGCUUCAUGAGAUAACCAGAGACGAGGAGGACAAAACAGAUAUUGGCUCAUUGAUACAGGAGUGUACAUCUUCGGUUCAAGAGGAAACUGGUAAUGUUGAGAUUGUGACAAAAAGUAAAAUGUUGAAGGAUGAGUUGUCAACCACACUAUUUCCAGAGGAGGGGCCACAACAUCAUUUUGUCCCAGAAGUCUCUCUUUUCAUCCAACGGACUAAGCACGAAUUGCUUGAUGAAGUAAAACCACCUAUGUCCUUACUGUCUUCAGUAAAUUCUCAUAACCAAAGGACGAUCACAGAACAGACUGUUUCAGCUUCAAAAGAACCUAUGCCACCAAGAAGGACUAAGAAGCAAGACAUUCUUCAAGAGACAUUUCCAUCACCAUCACCAGUUUCCAACCCAGCUGAUCCAAAAGAUCAGAGUGAUAACGUCUGUGUCAUAAAACAAACGGAUCAUUAUUCUCAGAGUACAUCACAAAUUGUACAGCCAGAUACUCCACUCACCACCAUCCAGAGUUCUUCAGCUGUGGUAGAUAAGGGGUACAGUUUGACGUAUAUACCUGUCCCACUGACAAGCACUUCUUUUCCUGAAGGGACCUCUGUGAUAGAAACAGCCGAAGCUGAAAAUGUAGUAGAAGUGUCCAGAAUUGGGAUUUCUUCACCAGAAACCAAAGAGAAGUCCACACCUAAAGAAAUUAUACCAUCAUGUCAUAGCAACAGCGAAGAAAAUUUUCCCUUAGUGCCUGAUGAAGACACAGUCACACAGUUACGUGCUCCUCAGAGGCGGAAGAAUAAAGCUCAAACCAGCAAUGUUGAUGAAGCUGGAGGAGAGUUUGAAGAAAAGAGUACAUUGCCUUCUGUCAUCACCAGUAUGUCCCAGUCUGAAGACAAAAGAAAGACCCAUGCUGGUGACGAAUUGAGCAUGAAAGACCAGGUACAACUGGAUUUGAAUGUUCCUGAGGUGUCGGAAGUAAAAAUGCGAAUCAGUUGCACUGAUCUUCCAGUCCCAGUGCCACGUGUUAAGAAACGUCUCAGUGGAUCUUUUGCAGAUGAUCUUCCUUCUCCUUCAACUUCCCCUUUACCUGAAACAGAUCCAGGAAACAUUGUUCUCCAAACAGAAGACCAUCAUGAUUCAAGUCUACCAGUACCAGUGCCACGUGUGAAGAAACGUCUCAGUGGUUCUUUCCCAGAUGAUCUUCCUGUCCCUUCAUCAGCCUCUUCAUCUCAAGCAGAUUCAGACAACAUUGUUCACAAUAGAGAAGUCCAUCAAGAUUCAAAUCUGCCAGUUCCAGUUCCACGUGUGAAGAAACGUCUCAGUGGUUCUUUCCCAGAUGAUCUUCCAGCCCCUUCACCCUCCCUUCCAUCUCAAGCAGGUUCAGAUAGCAUUGCUCCACAAACAGACGACCAUCAAGGUUCAAGUCUUCCAAUACCAGUGCCACGUGUGAAGAAACGUCUCAGUGUUUCUUUUCCAGAUGAUCUUCCAGCCCCUUUAUCCACCCUUUUAUCUGAAACAGAUCAAGGUAAUAUUGUUCUCCAAACAGAAGACCAUAAAGAUUCAAAUCUGCCAGUUCCAGUCCCACGUGUGAAGAAACGUCUCAGUAGUUCUUUUCCAGAUGAUCUUCCAGCCCCCUCACCUUCUCUUCCAUCACAAGCUGGUUCAGAUAGCCUUGCUCCACAAACAGAAGACCAUCAAGGUUCAAGUCUUCCAGUACCAGUGCCACGUGUGAAGAAACGUCUCAGUGGUUCUUUUCCAGAUGAUCUUCCAGGCCCUUCAUCCUCCCUUCCAUCUCAAGCAAGUUCAGAUAAAAUUGUUCCCCAAACAGAUGAUUACCGAGACUCAGGUCUUCCAGUCCCUGUCCCACGUGUGAAGAAACGUCUCAGUGGUUCUUUUCCAGAUGAUCUUCCAGGCCCUUCAUUCACCACUUCAUCUCAAGCAGAUUCAGACAACAUUGUUCUCCAAACCAGAGACCCUCAAGAUUCAAAUCUGCCAGCCCUGGCUCCAUGUGUUAAGAAACGUCUCAGUGGUUCUUUUCCAGAUGAUCUUCCAGGCCCUUCACCCCCCCUUCCAUCUCAAGCAGGUUCAGACAUCAUUGCACCCCAAACAGAAGACCAUGGAGAUUCAAGUCUUCCAGUGCCAAUGCCACGUGUGAAGAAACGUCUAAGUGGCUCAUUUCCAGAUGAUCUAACUGUUCCCUCAAGUUGUCCACCUCCUUUAGAUUUAUCUAACAUGGUCCUUGACGGAUCAACAAGUGAUGCAAACAUGCCCAUCCAAAUUCCCCAUUCAGAGAAACUUAGUGAUAAGUUCUCUGAUGAGAACCUUCCAAGCUUGCCUCAAGAAGAAGAAGGCAAGCUUCAUCUCUCAGAAAACAAACAAUGUUCUGUUGAAGUGGACAUGCAGGGGAGGGCAGAAGCAGAGGUUGAGAGCCUGGAGGAUUCCACCACCUCAGGUGCCAAUAAAGUAGAGCUAAACGAAAAAAGCCUGGGGGAGUCUGGUUUAGCCCCUGAUGUAACAGUUAUCAGUGAAAAACCUAAGACUAGUGCUCCAACUGGUGAACAUUGUAAGGACAAGGGAGAGACAGACCAACACAUUAAAAAAGAUAAAAGUGUUGAGGAAGAAAUGGAUGCUGUACAUUCUGGAGAUGAUGAGGUUGAUUUGAGCAUGGACACUGUAGAUGAUACAGGUGUUAUCAUAGAUGUAUUUAGACAAGAAGUAGCUGAAGACUCCUCCAGUCUUCCUGUGCCAAUGCCUCGCGUGAAGAAACGUUUAAGUGCCUCUUUCCCUGAAGACGACUCCAUUCCCAGUUCCUCGUCAGCCAAUCAACAUGAGGUUUCAGAAAAGGCAAAUAAUGAGCCGGCAGUGCCUGUUCGUAAUAAACGAAGAGCUGCAGCGGAUGCCAUAGACCUUCAGGGAAGUUCCACAGCUCCCACAUCGCCAACCAGUGAAACAGAGAUUGCGACCUUGGUGAAUUCGAGUCAGUCUCUGCUGGAAUGGUGCCAAAAGGUCACACAAGGUUACAAGGGUGUCCGGAUCACAAACUUCAGCACCUCUUGGAGAAACGGCCUCGCUUUCUGUGCCAUCCUGCAUCACUUCCAUCCAGAUAAAGUAAAUUAUGAAAUGCUGGAUCCAUAUGAUAUUAAGCGCAACAACAAGAAGGCGUUUGAUGGCUUUGCUGAACUGGGAAUCUCUAGGUUGAUAGAGCCCUCUGACAUGGUGCUGCUGGCAGUUCCCGACAGGCUCAUUGUGAUGACGUAUCUCAACCAGAUCCGCACCUGUUUCAUGGGCCAGGAGCUCAGUGUCAUACAGAUCGAGAAGAACAGCAGUGAGUCCAGUUACGCUAUUGGUGAGAAGAGGGAGGAAGCUGACCCAGAAGCCGCUGUUCGCUACUGCACAGAAAGGCUCCAGGGCAGCGGCAUUACUCUAGAGACCAAUGGGAGCUUACCUGAAAAGGAGGUCAAGGUGCCACCUCCAAGAACGAAGCGAACGCAGGAUCCGAGCCAGGCUGGAGGAUCAGGUGACGCUCAGCCUCCGGUGGCACCACCAAGAACUCACACCUCAAAGGCUUUUUCUCAUCUCAAGGAUGCAGAUCUUGUUAAAAAGCGCAGAUCGAAGCUGCGGGGAGAGUCACUGGAUGAGGCUGAACCACACGAACAGCAGAGCGGUACAGAGGAAAGUGAAGCAGCCAAAGGAGGUUCAGAGUCACAAAACGUAGAGAAGAAUGUUGAAGAAGGCACUGCAGGAGAGCAUCAGGAUGUCAGUCAAUAUGUACUAAGUGAGAUGCAAGCGCUGGAGGCUGAACAAAAGCAGAUAGACCGCAGAGCAGACAUUGUGGAAAGGAAACUAAGAAGACUAAUGGAGUCUGGUAGUGAUCGUGUAGAAGAAGAGACACUGAUUCAGGAGUGGUUUACCCUGGUCAACAAGAAGAACGCUUUGAUCAGGAGACAAGACCAUUUGCAGUUACUACAAGAAGAGCAAGAUUUGGAGAGGAAGUUUGAGCUGCUGAAGAAAGAGCUACAAGAUUUAAUGGCUGUGGAAGAAUGGAAGAAAACCCAGGCCCAUAAAACCAGAGAGCAGCUGUUGUUGCAGGAGCUGGUGUCUUUAGUCAACCAGAGAGAUGAGCUCGUGCAUGAUAUAGACGCCAAAGAGAGAGGGGCUCUUGAAGAGGAUGAAAGGUUGGAGAGAGGACUAGAAAUGAGGCGCAGGAAAUACGGAAGUCGGAAAGAGAAGUGUGUGUUACAGUGAGGGAUCCUGUGCACCUGCUUUUAUUCAGGAUUGUCCCCCGUUAAACACUGUGCUGAUGGACUAGUGAGGUGUGUGUGGACCACAUCACAUUAAAUGAUAAGGAGAUUGUGACUAGAUGAAUUCUCAGUCCUCGUGUUGAACCACGAAUGCUCAUUUCAGGGUGGAUUAAAAGUUGAUUUCUUUCAGAGACAUUUUUAGUCUGAAUAAGUGAAAUAGACAGUAAUGGUCAAUAGACUUCUGACAGCAGUUCUCGUUUUACAUUUUCAGUAAAAAUAAUAUACGUGACCUUUGCAGUGUUAUUACCUUAUUUAACUUGUGUGUAAAGUUGGCUGCUGCAGUGAUUUUAAGGGAUCUCAAAGUUAUUUAAAAUAGUACAGUAACAAGUAUGAAAGAAGGAUCAGGCAGUUUUAUACAAGACACUGCUUUGUAACAAAGUCACACAUUUAACUCACCCAACAAACAGACAAAACAGCACAAAAGCAUGAGAGAAAAUAAACAUUUUGCACAAAAUGUCUCUAUUGAGACAUCAUUUGAACAAUAUGAUCUUAAUGAUGUCCCUCCAAAUACUGUAACAGUGGUUGUUUGUUUUAUUUGAAGAACCUAAUUUCACAGGAUAUAAAAAAAAAAAAUACAAACUGUCAAAAAGAGAGUAUGUGCAUGAACAUUGAGUGUUUGCAUUUUGUUUUAAAAUAUUUGAAUGAAAAAAAAUUGGGAUUGUAUUUAUAUAAGAUCAUUUUUUUAUCCAUGUAUGGUACAGAAUGCAAAGGAAAAUGUACCUUCAGCAAUUCAUAAGAAUUUCUCCUUUAAAAAGUGUGUGUUAUAGAAUUUUUCUUUUUUUGAGUGACUGGUUGUUUCGAGACUCUCAGCUCUUUGAUUUUAGCUGUGACCCUGUUUACACUGUCCUGGUGUCAGCUAACACACCUACAGGUGACAGGUCUUUUGGAAAUAAAAUUGUUUUAAAAUUC